AGGAGCAACAGGUCCACCAUCAAUGAUGAGGGGAAUCACCGAAAUUAUUAGGUGAUCAAUCCAUCCAAUUCCCACGACACUCUCAAACGACAAGCGUACGUUAGCAUACACGACCGGUUUGUUUAAAUGUUCCACUUCCCUUCACACAAGAAAGCUAGCUGGUCACGAUCUGAUUCUAUUUUGGGUCGCAAUAUUUCAGCUCAAAAUUCCCAAAGUUGCAACCUUUUUUCUGUUUUGCAUCGGAAAGAGAAAGUGGGCAAUGGUGGGAUGAGGAAUAAAGGGGAAGCGAAGAAGAAGGGAGGGACAUGGCGAGAGGGGAGUGGAGGGUUCAACUUCAGCCAAGAGGGAACUCAAUUUGUUCAUACAAGAAAUUCACUCUUUUAGUUUGCAUUUUCAACAUUGUCGUUGCUCUCUUCUCUCUUCGCUCUCUCUAUGCUUCUCUUUAUAUCUACUCUGGUAGUGCUGCACAAAACUAUGUCGUGUAUAGACCAGAUCAGAUUCGGAAAAUGGAAGAGUCAAAUGAAAUUCGGAAGGUAUACAAACCGGUGGAGUUAAUGAAAUUGGUGGAGAAAUUAAAAGGGGAGUUUUCUAGCAAAAAUGUGGUGGUAGAGUUGCCUCAACACUUGAAACAGAAAAUAAUUGAUGAGGUUUUGCAGAGACUAGGGAACUUGAAUGGACGCAGUGCAAACAUCUCUUACUCCCUGCGCAUUGCUAAGGAGCGAGAAGUAGUUGAAAAUUGGCGCAAGGAAAAAUUGGAAGAGGUAAAGUUGGUUGUUGUCAGAAGGACAUCUAACUCAACCAUUCCUCAUGAAGAGGCAGAAAUGCUAGUGAGAGCUUUGGAGUCUGAUUGGGCUGUGCUUUCUGAAGAGAUUGGCCUUUGGAUACCUAGCGAGGUUGCUAAUAAAGAGCACAAUGACAAACCUGAGGGCGUAGAGGAGUUAGAGGAGGAAGUUCUUCCUGGUAGGUCCCUUCCACCAGAAUGCAAUGUUGAACUUCAUACAGAUUAUGGUGGCACUGCAGUAAGAUGGGGUCUUACUCAUCGCAAAGAUAGUGCAGCUGAUUGUUGUCAUGCUUGCCUGGACCAGGCUAAACGUGCCAAAGAAGGUGAAAAGAAAUGCAAUAUUUGGGUUUAUUGCCCAUCAGAGUUUGGGUGUCAUUCACCCGAUAUCUAUCAGCACAAACAUCAAGAAUGCUGGCUAAAAUAUGCUGAAAAACCCAAGCUAAAUUUUAAGGAUAGGUAUCCUGAAUGGUAUCGAAAUUCACACCCAUCUGCACCAGUGAUCGUUCCAUGGGUCUCUGGAGUUGUCAGUGCAUGAGGAAACAAUCAACACUACAGGUAACAUAAUCAAUCGGAGUCUAGAGCUAUUGUAGAUGGUAGGCACGCAAAGAUGCUUUGGCAAAGCCCUUUCAUGCUUUGUGGACUACGAUAUUGUUCUUCAACAUGAUUUUACCUUUUUGUGAUAAAUGAAAUGAAGAGCAAAGGAUUUUCCCCAAUGUUCAUUUACUCAUUUAGGACUUGGGUCUGGUCAAGUCAUGGCUUUUGACAAACUCAUCAUCUCAUUGCCUAGACUUUUUCCCCAAUACGAGUCUAAUAUUUGUUUUAGAUUCUUAGAUGAUGAUGCAGUUGGACAUCUGACAUCAUAAUGGGUUGUGUUGGGUUACACGUUUGGGAAGCCAAAUUCCCUUUUGAAGAUAAUUUAUUUAUUCUUGGGCAAAUAUUUGCUAACUUUAAAAGUACACUGGAAAUUGUUAUUUUCCUAUUUGUGUUCACCAAAAUGUGAAACAAACAUGCACUAACUGAUGAGGAAAUUGUUGUGUUGUAAGCUAUCUGACAUCAUAAUUCUUUGUAUCAGUGGGAUUUAUAAUGUUAAUGUUGACGAUCAUCAAAAU